AUGAGCUUACUCACUGGCCAAUCACCACCUUCAUCUUCGUCAGUAAGACCGAACAAGAAGUCCUUCGUCUUUCACCCCCUUUCCAAUGUUGUUUCCUUUGGAUCAAUGGUCCUUGUUGAAGGGUUUAACAAGGAUUGGAAUGUUUCGUGGGUUCAUGCAUGGACUGUCACAAAUGGGAUCAUUACCCAAGUUAGAGAAUACUUCAACACUUCUGUUACUGUCACCCGUUUUGGAGAUGGAGGAUCGUCAUCACCGGCGAUUAGCACUUCUCAGUUUAGGGCUAGUUGCCAAAGCGUUUGGCAAAGCAAGGUCUCUGAUAACAAGUCUGUGCCUGGUCUUGUUUUGGCACUCUAA